AUGGGAGAAUUCAUUGAAGAAGGUAUAAAAACUGGGAGAAUCACUAAUUUGGCAGCCUUGCAAGCAACAAGUAAAGCAAUUCAGUCAGAUUCAAUUGGAGGAGCCUUUAAGAAGAAGAAGGACGGAGUGUCCGCUGUCAUGACCAUCCAGGAAUGUAGGCCAAACCAAAUGUUAACAUACCAAAACCCUUUACCCCAACCUUCAUACCAUAGUCAGUAUACCCAAGUCCCUCAGCCAUAUUACCAGCCUUCUGUCGCCCCUUAUCCAGUUUACACCACUCAGCCAAUAUAUUAUCCAUCCAGAGUGCCCACUUAUCCAAAUCCCUCACAAUACCGACCAAUAUACCCACCUCAAUCCCAUUAUCAAACACAAAUUCGCCCAUCAAAUCCACCAAGGCCCCGCCCAAACUUUGAAAGAAGACCACCCAAAACUUAUACACCUUUAGCCGAACCUUUAUCCCAAUUAUAUGAAAGGUUGAGAACCGCAGGGAUACUCCAACCAAUCCAAGCACGAAUUCCCAACCCCCUUCCCGGAUGGUAUGAUGACACUAAGCAUUGCGUCUAUCACUCUGGAGCUGCUGGACAUGACACCGAAAACUGUCUUACUCUCAAGGACAAGAUUGAUGCAUUAAUCAAAGAAGGAGUUAUUCAACUCAGAGGUGCUGCCCCCAAUGUAAAUAACAAUCCUCUUCCAAAUCAUGAGAAUGUGAACAUGAUUACCAUUGAUGAAGAAUGCAAUUUGGAAGGGACUAUUUUGCCAAUCAAAGAAGAGAAAAAUGUCAUGGCAUCAGCCUUUAUUGCUCCCAUUAUCACAAUCCAGGCGCGAGCGCCAUUUGAAGUGGAAGUUUUGGUUCCUAAACCUAAGAUUACGGUUUUGGUUGCUCAAUCAACUCAUUUUGAUACUAAAGCAGUUCCCUGGAGUUACUCAACUGACACAAAGGACAAAGGGAAAGGAAAGGUAGUUGUAGAAGCUGCUGCUGUCGGAAUGACAAGAUCGGGGCGAUGUUAUGCCUCUGAAGGUGUUGCACGAAUCGUACCGAAUAAGGAAGUUAAUCAAAAGAGGAUUGUGACAGAAGCUGAAAUAGAGGAUUUCUGGAGGAAAAUGCCAACAAAAGAAUAUUCUGUUGUUGAACAGUUGAAGAAGACUCCCGCCCAAAUUUCCUUGAUGUCAUUAUUGAUGAGUUCUGAAACUCACAGGAGCGCUUUGGUGAAAGUUCUAAGUGAAGCUUAUGUUCCGGCCAAUAUCACAAGUGAGAAUCUUUCAGCCAUGGUAGGGCAGGUUUUAGAAGCAAACAAAGUCUGUUUUCACGAAGAGGAAUUACCAUCUGAAGGUUUGGGACAUAACAAAGCGUUGAACAUCACUGUCAGGUGUAGGGACAAGUUUGUUUCUAGAGUUCUUAUUGACAAUGGUUCAGCUGUUAACAUAUGUCCUUUCAAUACCCUUCGAGCUUUGGGAAUUAAUAUCGGGAAAAUUCGUGAAAGUCAUGUGAGGGUUAGAGGUUUUGAUGGGACACAAAGGGAAGUCAUUGGCAAAAUUGAUUUGCCACUGCAAAUUGGACCCGAGGAGUUCGUGGUAGAAUUCCAAGUAUUGGACAUACCUGCUAGUUACAAUUUAUUGCUUGGGAGGCCUUGGAUCCAUAUGGCUGGUGCGGUCCCUUCUACCCUGCACCAAAAUUUGAAAUUUAUUUGGAACCACCACGAGAUUAUUGUUCACGGAGAAGGUAGUAAUUCCAUGUAUCCUGGCAAUUCAAUCCCUGUUGUUGAAAGUAUGGAAGAACUGGAUGGGUCUGUGUUCCAUACCAAAGAAAUUAUGUGUGUCCAUCAAACCGAAAGGGUAAAGUUGCCACGUGUGCUUAUGAUGGUGGCUUGGGAAAUGUUGAAGAAUGGUUUCGUGCCUGGUCGAGGUCUUGGAGUGAACUUGGGUGGAAUAGUGGAACUAAUUCAAUUGUCGGGCCAGAAAUACACCUUUGGUUUAGGAUACAAGCCUACUCCUAAAAAAGUCUCAUUGGCCGAUCUCAAAAGGAAAAGUGACAUUUCAUUUCCCCAUCCCAUUCCGCACUUGAAUCAGUCAUUUUCCAAGGCAUAUAUUAUAAAGGAAUCAGAGGAAGACGCUGAAGACACCCUCGUGGAAGGACUCAAAAACUUAUUUAUGGAAGAAGUGGAAUGCAACAUGAUCUUGGAGGAUUGUACCGAGAUUCCGACCAUAUGGAAUGUGGAGCCUGGAGAUGCUUUGAACAAUUGGACUUAUAACCCAUCCCCGUUUCCUCGAAAAUCUUGCGAGCAAAUUAAUGAAUCUGUCAAUAUCGAGAAUGUGACAUGUAAUGAAAUAAGCAAACAAAUCUCAAAUACCGAGCAAUCUUUUGCGGAAUAUGAAGAAGAGGUGCAACCUGAAGAGUUGGCUGAAGAUUUUGAACAUUUUGAGAAUAAAAUAAAGCCAAAUUUGGAUGAAACUGAGACGGUAAAUUUGGGAGAUUCAGAACUAAUGAAAGAAACAAGAAUUAGCAUCCAUUUGAAUCCGUCUCAAAGAAAGGAACUUAUUGAUCCUUUGGGACAAUAUAUGGAUGUAUUUGCAUGGUCUUAUGAUGAUAUGCCGGGUCUAAGCACAAACAUUGUUUCACAUAAGUUGCCGACUGAUCUAUCUUGUCCCCCAGUCAAGCAAAAGCCAAGGAAGAUCAAGCCUGAUCUGAGUUUAAAAGUUAAGAAAGAAGUUUCUAAGCAAAUCGAUGCCAACGUCAUCCGAGUCACAAAGUAUCCUACAUGGUUAGCUAAUAUAGUGCCAGUGCCAAAGAAAGAUGGAAAAAUCAGAGUAUGUGUAGACUAUCAAGACCUCAACAAGGCAAGUCCGAAAGAUGAAUUUCCACUUCAAAACAUUCACAUACUUAUUGAUAAUUGUGCAAAGCAUGAGUUGCAGUCAUUUAUUGAUUGCUUUGCAGGCUACCAUCAAAUUCUAAUGGAUGAGGAAGAUGCUGAUAAAACGACAUUAAUCACACCUUGGGGAGUGUAUUGUUAUCGAGUAAUGCCUUUUGGACUCAAGAAUGCAGGAGCAACAUACAUGAGAGCUAUGACUACCAUUUUUCAUGACAUAAUCCAUAAGGAGAUUGAAGUCUAUGUAGAUGAUGUCAUUAUCAAGUCACAAAAGAGCUCUAAUCACCUCACAGAUUUGAAGAAGUUCUUUGAUAGGUUGAGGCGGUAUAAUCUGAAAUUAAAUCCUGCAAAGUGUGCAUUUGGUGUCCCUGCUGGAAAGUUGUUGGGUUUCAUUAUGAGUAGGAAGGGCAUAGAAUUGGAUCCUUCAAAAAUAAAGGCUAUUCAAGACUUGCCCCCUCCAAAGAGUCGAAAGGAUGUAAUGAGUUUUCUUGGUCGACUAAAUUACAUUAGUCGAUUCAUUGCACAGUCGACUAUAAUUUGUGAACCAAUCUUCAAGUUGUUGAGGAAAGAUGCUGCCAUUAAAUGGAUUGAAGAUUGUCAACAAGCUUUUGACAGAAUCAAGGAGUACUUGUCUAGUUCGCCCGUCUUGGUGCCUCCAAAACCGGGGAGACCAUUGCUACUAUAUAUGUCAGUAUCGGACAAUGCAUUUGGAUGUGUGUUAGGACAACAUGAUGAAACUGGGAGGAAAGAACAGGCUAUAUACUACUUGAGUAAGAAAUUCACGCCUUAUGAAGCCCGAUAUACUUUAUUGGAACGCACUUGUUGUGCCUUGACUUGGGUUGCACAAAAGUUAAGACAUUACUUAUGCGCGUAUACCACUUUUCUCAUCUCAAGGAUGGAUCCACUUAAAUACAUAUUUCAGAAGCCUAUGCCAAUGGGGAAGUUGGCAAUAUGGCAAAUUUUACUAAGUGAAUUCGAUAUUAUUUAUGUCACUCAGAAGGCCAUCAAAGGACAAGCGCUUGCUGAUCAUCUUGCUGAAAACCCUGUGGAUGAAGAGUACGAGCCUCUUAAAACUUAUUUCCCUGAUGAAGAGGUGUUAUUUAUUGGAGAGGAUAUUUUAGAAGAAUAUCAUGGGUGGAGGAUGUUCUUUGAUGGUGCUGCAAAUUCUAAAGGAGUCGGUGCUGGGGCAGUGCUUAUCUCAGAAUCAGGUCAACAUUAUCCAGUCUCAGCGAAAUUCAAGUUUCUAUGCACUAACAAUAUGGCGGAGUAUGAAGCUUGUAUUCUUGGACUCAGAAUGGCUGUUGAUAUGAAUAUACAAGAAUUGUUGGUUAUAGGUGACUCAGACUUAUUGAUUCACCAGGUACAAGGUGAAUGGAGCACCAAGAAUGUGAAGAUACUCCCCUAUUUGCAAUGUGUGAAGGAAAUAUGCAAGAAAUUUAUCAAGAUAGAGUUCAGGCAUAUUCCUAGAGCUCAAAAUGAAUUCGCAGAUGCCUUGGCAACCAUGUCUUCUAUGAUUCAACAUCCAGACAAGAAUUACAUAGAUCCAAUCAAAAUCAAUGUGCAGGAUCAACCGGCCUAUUGUUUCCAUGUGGAUGAAGAAAUAGAUGGAGAACCAUGGUACUAUGAUAUUGUGAGGUAUCUCAAAGAAGGAGAUUAUCCAGAAGGCAUAAGCAAUAUUCAAAAGAGAACACUGCGGAGGCUUGCAAAUCACUUUUUCUUAAGUGGAGAAAUCCUUUAUAGGAAGACUCCAGAUUUAGGUUUAUUAAGGUGUGUUGACUCCCAAGAGGCAAGCAAGUUGAUUGAAGAAAUACAUGGGGGUACUUGCGGGCCACACAUGAAUGGUUUUACUUUGGCAAAGAAGAUUGUGCGGGCCAGAUAUUUCUGGAUGACUAUGGAAACAGACUGCAUUCGCUUUGUGAGGAAAUGUCAUCAAUGUCAGAUUCAUGGUGAUUUGAUCCGAGUUCCACCGAAUAAACUCAAUGUGACGAGUUCUCCUUGGCCGUUCGUAGCCUGGGGCAUGGAUGUCAUCGGUCCUAUUGAGCCAGCCGCAUCAAAUGGACACAGGUUCAUUUUGGUAGCUAUCUAUUACUUCGCAAAAUGGGUAGAAGCAUCCUCACAUAAGUCUGUGACAAAAAAGGUGGUGACAGAUUUCGUUCGCAAUAACAUAGUUUGUAGAUUUGGCAUCCCCCAUUCAAUUAUAACAGAUAAUGGAGCUAACCUCAAUAGCGGUUUGAUGCAUGAGAUAUGUGAUAAGUUCAAAAUCAUUCACUGCAAUUCUACUCCUUAUCGACCACAGAUGAAUGGAGCAGUUGAGGCUGCCAACAAGAAUAUCAAAAGAAUAUUGCGAAAGAUGAUUGAUAAUUAUAAGCAUUGGCAUGAAAAUUUACCGUUUGCCCUCCUUGGCUAUCGCACCACGAUUAGGACUUCGACUGGGGCAACACCUUAUCUUUUGGUUUAUGGAACAGAAGCAGUAUUACCAAUGGAAGUUGAGAUACCAUCCCUGAGGAUAAUCCAAGAAGCUGAGUUGAGUGAUGCCAAAUGGAUACAAAGCCGAUAUGAACAAUUGAUGCUCAUUGAUGAAAAGAGAAUAAAUGCAGUUUGUCACGGACAACUUUAUCAACAUAGGAUGGCCAAAUCUUUCAAUAAAAAGGUAAGACUGAGACAGUUCAGGCCUGGACAAUUGGUGUUAAAACGGAUAUCCCCGCACCAAGAAGAAGCUAAGGGAAAGUUUGCGCCUAAUUGGCAUGGGCCUUAUGUGGUUCACAGAGUGUUGACUGGAGGAGCGGUGAUUCUAGCAGAAAUGGACGGAAAGAUAUGGCCGAAAGCCAUCAAUUCAGAUGCGAUUAAAAAAUACUAUGUCUAG